AUUAUUUGAUUAACAUAGAUUUAACAAACGUUAAAAUAUCGUCAUACUAGUGACGCUCUGCGUGAAAACCAGUAAGCUGCUUCCCACAGUUCCUCGGAUUAUCAUCUGAGCACAAUAUUUAUGGGUAAAACUCGUAAGUACAAGAAACCUGCUUUAUCAGCUGGAAUUUUCUGCGCAGCAAGCGAGAAGCAGACGAAAUUAGAGACGGCAACAUUCUAACCUCCGUAAACAAAUCCGACAGUUUUACCAGGAGUUCUAAAUGCGUGCGUAAUCCCCUGAUAGAAAAGAUGCUUGUGAAGAGGUUCCAAAAAAGAUGGCAAUGGGAAGUCGCUAAAAUGUUUAUGUACAUGUCAUUCCCUGUUAUGUGCUUCCAUUACUUCAAUACCCCUCAAAUCUUUGAAGAAGAGGUCACAAAGAUUAAGAAACUACACUACCCACCAACUUCUCCAGAACAAAGGGAAGAAAUAGAAAAUAUGAUCCGAGAAGUUAAUGCAAAACGUGAAUUGCGAGCAUUGAAAGAGAUGGAAGCUGCUCGAGAACAGAAAAAGUUUGCUUAAGCAUGCAAAUACCAACGAGAAUUUGUUUAAACACAUAAAAUAUGGAAGACUUCAGUUCAUCUUUAGAGUAGGCAUUAAGUUUUUGUAAAAACAAAUGUAAAUAUAUUUUUUCGAUCUACUUUAAGAAAAUUAUCAAGUUGUGUAUGAGAAAUAAUAAAAUUGUCAGUAAAUCCUCAAAUUA